AUGCACUUUCUUAAGUCUCUUUGCACAGCCAGCUUAGCUGCCGUAGCUACCUCUACAUAUGCGGGUAACCUUAAUUAUGGCUCUCCCUCACUCCACCACCCGUUCCUCGGUAUCUCUAUUCGCAAAGUAGCAAGUCGAUCUGAGGGUAGUUCGCCAUGGACACCGGAGCAGCUGAAUUUCACACACGGCGUAGCAUCUGGUGACCCGUAUGACGACAGCGUUAUCCUCUGGACUCGUGUUGCACCAACCCUGGAUAAUGACCGCAGCAACGUGACUGUUGAGGGCACCGCUCCAAUGUACGCUCAUGACAACGACGUCUUCGUCAAGGCAAGCAAGUCGCCAAUCUGCGUUGACUGGAAGAUCGGGAGGUCUGCAUCCAUGGAUGGGCAACCGAUUAAGUCAGGGACGGCUUAUACGAGUUCGGAUGUUGACUUCACCGUCAAGGUCGAAGCAAAGGCUCUCAAGCCAUUCACGGUUUACUAUUACCAGUUCAAUGUCUGCAAUUCCGAUGUCAAGUCCCCUGUCGGCAGAACUCGAACCCUGCCGGAGUCGGGUACCAAAGUGAGACGGGCAAUCAAGCUAGCUGUCUAUAGCUGUGCCAACUACCCAUUCGGAUUCUUCAAUGCCUACGGGAAUCCCGAGCGGAAAGACUCCGUGGACUAUAUCGUCCACCUCGGCGAUUAUAUUUACGAGCUCUACGAUUACCGACGACGCCUUGCCCAGUACCGCAGCGACCCUGACCUUCGCGCUAGCCAUCAAAAGUUCCCCUGGAUAACUGUCUGGGAUGACCACGAGGUGAUGGACAACCCCUACCGAGAUGGUUCCGCAGCAAUGAACAACACCGAACAGUCAUUUAUCAAAGACGACGGCAUAUCUGUGGAAGCGCGCAAGAUGAAUGCUGUGCGCGCAUACUUCGAAUGGAUGCCCCUCCGUCAGGUUGAUAUGGACGACAACCUGCGCAUCUGGCGUAGCUUCCAGUUCGGCGACCUCUUCAAUCUCAUCAUGCUCGACACCCGCAACUACGAUCGCUCCAUCACCGACCUAUACUGGAACACAGGCUACGUUCAUACCAUUAGUGAUGAUACCAGCCGCUCGCUGAUGGGCUCUCGCCAAGAAAACUGGUUCUACCGUCAGCUUAUAGAGUCAGCCUCGACAACACGAUGGCGUGUCGUUGGUAAUCAGGUAGUCUUCAGCAAGAUGAACCAGAGCAUCUCCAAUGGACCCAAGAACCCGUUCAACUACGACCAGUGGGACGGUUACGCUGCUAACCGAAACCGGACGCUCAAGACGCUCUACGAUAACAGCAUCGACAACACAGUGUUUUUGGCCGGCGAUAGUCAUGCAUCGUGGGUCAGUGACCUUGUCUGGCUUGGCGAAAAGGACUACAAUUCGGAGACUGGGGCCGGUUCCAUCGGGGUUGAGUUCGCCGGCACAGCCGUCACCUCGCCUUCAUCGGCGGGUCAAAAUAUCACCCAGGAGAAAGCUCUUAACAGAAGCGCUUGGAUGACCGCUGCGAACCCAGAGCUGCAGUGGCAGGAGUACUACUACCGCGGCUACUUUGAGAUGACCAUCGACUACGACGCAGUCAACGCUACCUUCUUUGGGUUGCCCACUUACGCCACGAGGAACGGACUCGAGAUCGCGCUGGCAAAUUUCACGGUCCUCGCUGGGGAGAACAAGCUACGGCGCCCCGUUGGUGGAGGCAGCGUGGAGUUUGGGAACCUGAAAGGCGGCGUCACGAAGCAGACUAACUUGACCAAUGACACUAACACUGGAGAAUGGUCCGUGUUUGAGAGUUCGAGGCUAGGCUAG